GCGAAUCGGAUCGAUACCCGAAACAAAAAGUAGGUGGAAAAAAAAUGACUACAACACACGUGCACUGCACGCUGGUAUGACUGGUCUGCUGAUCUGCUCUGCCAUUGCCCUUCUACGGUUCUACCUCUUCCCCUCAGCUUCUCCGCCCAUUUUUCAUCUCUUUCUCCCCCUCUCAAACACACAGACAGAGCAUCUGUGAUAAUGGCAGUUAUGAUGGGGAAAAUUGUUCAAAAUUUACCAAGUGCACAUUCCUGCCAGCAGAAUAGGCAGUUCUGCACCCUAUAUCAAAGGGAGGGAUGUGUCCAAUAUAAACACAACUUGCUUCUCUUUCAAGGAAGGAAGUUGCCAUGGACACGCAUCUCAACCAUGCAUUUGCGUAAUGUGUCAAACAAUAAACAACGACUUGUUUACUGCAAUGCUUCUCUUUCAGCUACUGCAGUACCAUCACUUGAAAAAGUAGAUUUUCUCAAACUUCAAAAUGGCAGUGAUAUUCGUGGUGUUGCUGUUGAUGGUGUUGCUGGAGAACCCCUUAACCUCACAGAGCCAGUAACACAAGCCAUAGCAGCUGCUUUUGCUGGAUGGCUUUUAGAUAAGAAAAAAGCUGAUUCAUCUAAACAUCUCAAAAUCUCAAUUGGCCAUGAUUCUAGAAUUUCUGCACAAAAGCUACAGGAUGCAGCUUCUCGGGGAAUUGCUAGUGUAGGCUUUGAUGUUGUGCAAUAUGGAUUAGCAUCUACUCCAGCAAUGUUCAAUAGUACACUGACAAAAAAUGAAGACUUUCUAUGUCCAGUUGAUGGAGCUAUCAUGAUAACAGCAAGCCAUCUUCCUUAUAAUAGAAAUGGUUUUAAAUUCUUCACUAAUGAAGGAGGCCUUGGAAAACCCGACAUUAAAGACAUCCUAGAUCGUGCUGCAAACAUAUACAAUGGAUUUACACCAGAAUCUCUAGAAGAGGCAGAAAGAAAAGUUUCAUCUUCCAUCACUAAAGUCGACUACAUGGCUAUUUACGCAUCUAACCUUGUAACAGCUGUUCGCAAAGCUUCAGGAAACAUAGAAAAGCCAUUGGAAGGAUUUCAUAUAGUUGUGGAUGCUGGGAAUGGAGCUGGUGGCUUUUUUGCUGGAAAUGUGUUGGAGCCUUUAGGUGCUAUUACUACUGGGAGUCAGUUUCUAGAACCAGAUGGGUUAUUUCCCAAUCAUAUCCCUAACCCCGAGGACAAGGCAGCAAUGAAGGCAAUUACUCAAGCUGUGCUUGAUAACAAAGCCGAUUUAGGGAUCAUCUUUGACACUGAUGUUGAUAGAUCUGCUGCUGUGGAUUCCACUGGUCGUGAGUUUAACCGGAAUCGUCUAAUUGCUUUGAUGUCUGCUAUUGUUUUAGAAGAACACCCUGGAACAACAAUUGUCACAGACAGUGUUACUUCAGAUGGGCUUACUGUAUUCAUUGAGAAGAAACUAGGAGGGAAGCACCAUCGGUUCAAAAGAGGGUAUAAAAAUGUCAUUGAUGAAGGCAUUCGUUUGAAUUCUGUUGGUGAGGAGUCACAUUUGGCCAUUGAGACAAGUGGCCAUGGAGCACUCAAGGAGAAUCACUGGCUUGAUGAUGGUGCAUAUCUCAUGGUGAAGCUAUUGAACAAACUUGCAUCAGCUAGAGCUUCGGGUCAAACUGGUGGAAGCAAAGUUUUGACUGAUUUGGUUGAGGAACUACAGGAACCGGGUGUUGCUGUUGAGCUUAGAUUAAAAAUCGAUCAAAAUCAUGCAGAUUUGAAAGGAGGAUCUUUUCAAGACUAUGGAAACGCAGUCCUAAAGCAUUUAACAAACAAAAUUGAAUCAGAUCCCAAGCUUGAAAAAGCACCUGUUAACCAUGAAGGGGUACGGGUGUCUGGAUAUGGUGGCUGGUUCCUUCUCAGACUUUCACUCCAUGACCCUGUUUUGCCCCUCAACAUCGAGGCCCCGAGCAAUGAGGAUGCUAUAAAACUCGGACUAGCAGUGGUUGCAGCUGUAAAUGAGUUCUCAGGUCUUGAUAUAUCAGCCUUGACCAAAUUUGUACAGAAGUAAUCAGGCUCAAAGGUGUAUUUGUUUUUUUUUUUUUUUUAAUAUAAAAACUUUUCUGUAUUAAUAAUAAGUAGUUUCAAGUCUCUGAAAACUGCGACUUAUAGCGAUUCUUGAAAGUUGUA